AAUAGAAAUGGUAAACAUAAGUCCAAAUGAAGAUAACAUACCAAGCCCCAAAAGUCAUCCUCUGACUUCUACACACAAUCCAAGGUAUAACUGGAAUUCAUAAAAAUGUCAGGUGUGGUACCUACAGCCCCUGAGCAGCCUACAGGAGAUAUGGAAAAUCAGUUAAAAUCACCAACUGCAGUGCCUGAUGCCCCUCCUGACUACAGUUCUCAUUUUGUGCCAGGCCCUGCUGGACCAGCUCUCCCUCCACCUUCAGGCUUACCUAUGGGAUAUAACGUUCCACAGCAUCCCGGUGCCAUCCCCUUGUACCACCCUAUUGGUGGUACCCGUCCUAUCCAGUACCAGCCUGGAAAAUAUCCUAUGAGGAAUCAGUCUGCUCCAGUAAUGUGGAUGCCAGGGCCAACUCCUAUGUCCAGCUGCCCUCCUGGUCUGGAAUACUUAGCUCAGUUGGACAAUAUACAUGUUCUUCAGCACUUUGAGCCUCUGGAAGUGAUGACAGGUUAUGAAACUAAUAAUAGAUAUGACAUCAAAAACAACAUAGACCAGAUGGUUUAUAUCGUAAUUGAAGAUACAGAUGACUAUACUAGGAAUGCCUAUCGGAACCUACGACCCUUUGUGCUCCGGGUCACUGACUGCCUUGGCCGAGAGAUCAUGACCAUGCAGAGGCCUUUCCGAUGCACCUGCUGCUGCUUCUGCUGCUCCUGCGCAAGGCAAGAGCUGGAAGUACAGUGCCCUCCCGGGGUCACCAUUGGAUUUGUGGCAGAACACUGGAACUUGUGCAGGGCCUCUUACAGCAUCCAAAAUGAGAAGAAAGAGAAUAUGUUGAGAGUGCGUGGUCCAUGCGCAACCUACGGCUGUGGUUCAGAUUCUGUUUUUGAGGUUCACUCUCUAGAUGGAGCCUCUAACAUCGGCAGUAUUAUCAGGAAGUGGAAUGGCUUUUUAUCAACCAUGGCAAAUGCUGAUCACUUCGAGAUUCACUUCCCUUUGGACCUGGAUGUGAAGAUGAAAGCCAUGAUUUUUGGUGCUUGCUUCCUCAUUGACUUCAUGUACUUUGAAAGGACUCCUCAACGACGUUCAUCCAGAUAGAGGGAUGAAGCAAAGCAUCAGUUGAAGACAAAAUUAGAGAAAUGUGCAUUGAGCUCAUAGCCAGUCUUCAGUUAUUUGCAAGUAUAUUUCUCUGGCAUGAACAUUGUUUUCACUGGUAUAAGUUCAAAAAUACAGUCAGGACAUAUGUCCCCAGUGGAGUAUUUGGCUUCUGGGGACACUAGCUUAUUCUGAAAUAUCUACUCUAUUUGCCAAGUAAGCAUAUACAAUGCAAGCAAUAAAAAAAUAGGCGCGUGAGCCAUGGGAAAAUGAAGCUCUUAAUUGUCAACUUAACAGGUGGUAACAUAUAUUCUGUGCCUGUCCCUCUAUUCUUUGUCAAGAGGGCAAACUUGAUUUCAGGUGAAAGGACUGCUACUCUUAUUCUUCAUCUUUAGGACCAGAAAAGCACACAGAAAUAACACAGAAAUGAUGUGCUUUAAUGAGCAAAGAAAAUGUUUCUUGUGAGCAUGUAGCAGAACCUUGUUCUGCAACAUUCAUAAAAGUCCAUAAAGUUCUCAGCAGGGAAUUCGAUUUUAUUACAAAAUAAAAUGUGUUCUCUUUAUAGUGCAAUUUAUAUUUCCCAUAAGUAUUUCUUUAUUCCUUCAGCUGGACAGUUUGGAACUACCUAUUUAUGAAGGCAGGAUAAGGCUACUAGGGAAAGUUGAUCAGGGCCACAGCCAAAUAAGAUCUUUGCAUCUUAGGGCUUGGGCACUUGAGUACAAACCCUGGACAUUUACUUACUUGGCACAUUUAGCAUUACACACACUUUAUAUCUAAAUGUUUAUCUUGGUGUCUAGGAUUGCCUAUUGUAUCUUCGUAUCUCACUUGACUUUUUUUCAAAAUCAAUCUAAUGACAAGGAUAUUCUAAUGACAAUCAGUUUAUAAAAACUGAAUGUAUAAAUCUUAUCAUUGUUUAACACUGCUUAACUGCUUUAUAUGUUAAACAACUCUUUCUAUACAAACAAUAGGAAAACACAGUAAAUGUGUUGCCUCCGGAUUAUUGAUGAGGACUAUGGAGGACCAGCAGAGUUCUUGUUUGUACUAAGGAUGUUGUCUGUAUAAAUACAUCGACUAGUGAGUCUCUCGCUUGGGCUUCCUACCUGCUGGUGGACUGUGUUCUUUCAUGGAUGUAUUCUUUCAGAGUUUUUUAAAUGAAGAUUGAAUGCUCUUAGGUUGGGUUAUCCCGAGAGCAGAGGCUUAGCCACAGCCCUUUUUGAAACAAAAGACAGGUGCUUCGCUUUUAAUUAUACUAAUCGUUUUAUGAUAAAGUUCACUUUACCCCAUUAUUUGUAACACAUCUUUACUUACUGCCAUUUUUUAUAUAGAAAAUGUGAUAUCCGAAUUGUUUUCUAAAAGCAGAUUACUUUAUAUUUUAAAAUGCAACUCUAAUCAUAACUAGACAUACCCAUUUUCUGUAGUGCUAUGUUAUAUUCUGCAUAUAAACUAGACAAAUAGAGCUCAUGUAUGAACUUGUCAUUGUACCCACCCACACCCCUGUAUUGCCGAACUAGCCUUACAUUGAUAAUGCAGGUCAGGAUACUUUACUAACCUUACAUUGAUAAUGCAGGUCAGGAUACUUUACAUCUCAUUGACUCAUAUUGUAGUGUUUUUGAUACUAAUACUUCCCUAGCAGAAAAAUUUCUUAAGUGUAAUAAACUGUCAUAUUUUAAUAUAAUUCAUGCAAUUUCUGUAUCACAUAAUGAAAUAUUAUUGUAUCAAAUUGGCCAACUUAACUAAAAAAUAAA